CACCCUGUUCAACCUUCUGAGAUGUGGGACCACAGCUGGCUGGCCCCCUACCUCCUGGCUUGGUCCCAGAGGAGGAUUAUAGCCUUCUGUGUGCCCCACCCCAGAGUGGCCUCCAGGACCACUCCCACUGCUCAAAGCAGCUACACCUGCCCCCUGCCCAGUGGAGAGAUGCCCGAGGCGGUCCGACCUACCCUUCCUCCUUGAACAGGACAUUGGGGGAAGGAUGGGGACAGAGAAGGGAGUGAAGGAUGUUGUGAUCUGAAUCAGCAUUUUCCACCAAUGAAAGCCAGGUCGAUGCUCAGAAAUAGCUCCUGUCUCCAUGGCAGCGGUUGCCUGGACAACCAUGUCGUCCGUCCUUCGUUUGAUGCCAGAGUCUCUGUGAAAACUGAAAUCGUUCUUUGUUUUUAUUCCUCCACACAAUGCUCUUGCUCGCGGGGCCUGCCAUGUCUCCCCUCUGAGGCGCAGAGUGGCCAUUUAUUUCUGUGCCUCUGGAAAUGUCUGGCAGCAGACAUCUGCUAUCUGUAGGCAGAGAGAGGAGUGUGACUUACACUGGGAGUCUUGCCGGUUGCUGGGGCCCCACGGGUGUCAAAACCUGCUGAGCAAAUGCAGACCCUUCCAGGACCUUUCUCUUGGCUAGAUGGAACUAGCCCCCAGGCCAGUGCCCUGAUCUGGGCCUGACUUCAGUUUGGGCCAAUUCCCAAGUCCCGUGACAGCACCAGCCUCCUGGUCUGGAUGACGUGGCAGGUGGGGCUGUCUGCUGCUCCUCUCUGGGGGCCAGCAGCUCUGCGGUGAGGAUCGGCCUGUGCGUCAGUCCUUGGUCACGCGCCCCUUCAAGGACGUGAGAGGAGCCUUCAGCACAGCCAAAUGUGCACAUACUCAGAUCCCUGGAGUGCCAUCUCCAAACACAGAUGAAGGAUGGGGACAGGGAAGUGGGGAAGGAGUGGGAGCCCAGGAGGAAGGAUGGCGGGAGGUGGCCCAAGCUGGUAGGCACCAGAGAUCAGGGCCAGACACAUGGGCAAAAAGGCCAUAGAGGAGGGGACCCUGCCCUGACACACCGGUCCCACGUCGGGGGUGCUGAGUGGGGUUUCCUGCCAGCCUCCAACACACACACACACACCUGCUGCAGGGGUGGGGGUUCUGGGGUCGUGGAGGAGGACCCCCUCCCCGCCCCUGAAGCCCCCUGAAGAGCAGCCACCCCAGCAGACCGAGUCCUCCACACUGGGUGCUGGGCCCACGCGCAGGGCAGUGCUCGCGGUGUGCAGGACCCUGAUUCUCAGACCCUUCCCCUGGUAAAGGGCAGCAUGUGUUAAAAGGCACCUUCUUGUCCACACCAGAGUCUCCUUUUAUUUAUUUAUUUUUGAAAAGCAGCCAUAAGUUUGGCUGAUAUCUAGGUGGAGGCCUGAUAGGGCUUUUAUCUCAUUUCACAGGGGCAGGCUGAGUCACUGCCCUUCACCUCACUGGGUCCAGGCAAGGAUGAGCAAGGCAGAGGGACAAGCGAGAGCCAGACAGACCUGUGUCCAGGUCUGGCUCUGCUGCUUACGGCCGCAUGACGUCAAGGACGUUAGCUCUACCUCAGCUACCUCAUUUGUGCAGUGAGACAAGGAGCUCAGACCUCACCUGUGUGUUUUUGAAGGUUGGGGAUGCUGCCUGCAGGCCAAGCACUCAGACACUUGGCACACAGCAGCUGUGUCCAGGGAGGCAGUAUGGGCUAGUGAUCGCCAGAGCAUAGAGUGCUCCUGGCACUGGGAUCACUAGCUGUUUGACAUUGGACACGUUAGCUAGCCUCUCUGUGCCUCAAUUUGCUCAUCUGUAAAGUGGGUAUUAAAAGCAGUAAGGCCUGGUACAUGGGACACAGUUUAAUAAGUGUUUGCCACUCUCAAUAAUGUACUCCCAGCCUCUUGCUGAGUGGGAAAAUUACUUAACCGCUCCGUGCCUCAGUUUCCUCAUCUGUAUAUGCUAGUCCUUUCUCAUAGGCUUGUGAAGAUUACAUGUCUUAGCCUUGCAGCUCCCUGUGCUGUUUCUCCCAUCUGCAGAUGCAGAGGCUCAGAGAGGUUGAGUCAGACUCACCUAAGGUCAGAACUAUGGCUGGCUGGUACCUGGGUCUGGCUGGCUCCACAGCCCUGCUUUUAACCACCACAUGGGAGGGAGCGAGACCUGAACCUGCCUUGUGUGACCACAGUACUGCACAACUCCAGGGAAGAGGUGACAGGGAGAGGCACACAAACGUCCCAUUUCUCCCCUACCAGGGCUGUGCAGGCCCUCGGGUCAAGUCUGGAGCAAUUGAUGCGGGUGUUUUUCAUCCUCAUAGCAACCCGGUGAGGAAUACGCUAGACCUCUUUUACAGUUGAGAAACCUGAGGCCCGGAGAGGUUAAAAACUUGCCCAAGGUCACCCAGUUAGAGGGGGAGCCAGGACUUAUACUCAGGUCUGUGUGAUUUGAAGCCAGUGAGCUGAGCAGAAAUGGGGGGCCGUGGCUUGGAGUGGGCAGUGUUGGAGGUCAGCUUCUCACCUGGGCUGGAGGGUAGGGAGGUUAGAGGUUAGAGUGAGCAUAGGUUACAUGGGGGCUGGGGGAAGCAAGCAGGGACUUGUUGGCCGAAAGCUUUACUCUCCCUGGCCUGAUCCCUGACACAGGUGGGACACACCCCUCCUUUGAGAGCCAUAUGGAAGGACUUGGCGGCAGGGGCAGGAGCAGAGGACAGGGGCUGUGCCUUUGCAAUCUGCCUCAGAUGUCUGAACCUCUUUCUGUGCUGAGGUGGCUGUAGGGCCAGAAUGUGAGGGCCAGGGGGUCACCCCAUCCUCCCCCCUGGCUACCUGGGUGGGGGGUACAGGGCCAAGCCCUCUGCCCAGGCCCCCAGAACAAGAGGGCAGAGUUGGGUAAGGGGCAUUUGUGCCCCCCACCAAGGCAGGGAUACAGCCAGGAAUAGUGUCCCAGGCAGGUGUUGACCAGGUCAUCAGGUGCAGGAGCCCACCUCCUUCCCUCAAGGCUGCCAGCCAGCAUGCAGGGCUGUCAGUGAAGGCUGGGGCACAUGGCGUGUUCCUACCCUAGAGAGACAGAAUGGGGGCAGAGGCACCCAGCACCCCGCCUUCUCUCUGGCGCUCUGCUUUUUUCAGCCCUUGGGCUCCCUCUUUUGCUCACCUCCCUGGCCCAUUUCCUCUCCUUUGCCUCCCGCUCUCUGUUUGCUCUAGAUCAGCACACCUCCCCAAAUCCUGGCAGAGGCUCCUGCACCUUGCUCCCCAGAAGCCUGGGAGCCAAGCCCACAGGCCCCAGGAAAGGGUGGGCAUGUCAGGUGCGACAGGCUGCCUCCUGAUCCUUCUUCCCGUCCUUGAAGCUGGAUGGGGGUGCCCCUCCGUGCCCCUGGCCCUGCAGUCUGUCCAGAAACCCUGGCCCAGAACCGCCUUGCAGCAGAGUGGGCAGGCAUUGGGCAUACAUGUGGGCAGAGUGGGAGCUGCCCUAGGGAAGGAGGAGUUAUCCUCUUGAAGCAGGGCCACUACCCUGGUGCCCCAAACAGCAGUCACUUCCCAGGCCUUCCUUGUGGGGAAGCUAGGUGGUGCUGGGAGGCUGGGACUCUGGUCAUGGGUCAAGAGGUAUGCCCAUCUAGGGGAUAUCUGUGUGUCCUGCCACAUCCUGCACUGGUGUGCAUGUCUGACACCGUGUACAGGGCAUCCCUGUGCGUGUGGCCUAUCCCUGUGUUCCUGGGACCCCGUGUGCAGCUGCAGCUGCUGGUGAGUGCUGGGUGCUGGGGGCAGGAGAGAUAAGGAGACCGGUCCAGGAUUCUGUGUUGCAGGGGGCGGGAGCAGCUGCGCAGGGCUGGGGGGAGUGAGGACCUCGGAAGCCAAUUGGAGCCCGAUUUGUCUUCCAACAGCCAAUCUGGGAGCAGGGGCUCAGGGCGAGCAAGUGGCUGCUCCGGAGGCCCGCAGGGAGGAUGGGCCAGCCUCGGCGGGGCCAGGAUCCGAGUAUAAAUGUCCCGGGAAGGGGGCCCCAUCACAGAGUCGACCCUCUCCUCCCAAGCGGCCCCUCCCGCGGAGUGAUUCAGGCCUUUGUUUGUCCUUCCUGGUCGAGUCGGGGCCGCCUCCCUCGGCAAGAUGCCGGAAUGCUGGGACGGGGAGCAUGACAUCGAGACACCUUAUGGCCUUCUGCACGUGGUGAUCCGUGGCUCCCCUAAGGGGAACCGCCCGGCCAUCCUCACCUACCAUGACGUGGGCCUCAACCACAAGCUGUGCUUCAACACCUUCUUCAACUUUGAGGACAUGCAGGAGAUCACCAAGCACUUCGUGGUGUGCCAUGUGGACGCCCCCGGGCAGCAGGUGGGGGCGUCGCAGUUUCCUCAGGGGUACCAGUUCCCCUCCAUGGAACAGCUGGCCGCCAUGCUUCCCAGCGUGGUGCAGCAUUUUGGGUUCAAGUAUGUGAUUGGCAUCGGAGUGGGAGCUGGAGCCUAUGUGCUGGCCAAGUUUGCACUCAUCUUCCCUGACCUGGUCGAGGGGCUGGUGCUGAUGAACAUUGACCCAAACGGCAAAGGCUGGAUCGACUGGGCUGCCACCAAACUCUCCGGCCUGACCAGCACUUUACCUGACACGGUGCUAUCCCACCUUUUCAGCCAGGAGGAGCUGGUGAACAACACGGAGUUGGUGCAGAGCUACCGGCAGCAGAUUGGGAAUGUGGUGAACCAGGCCAACUUGCAGCUCUUCUGGAACAUGUACAACAGCCGCAGAGACCUGGACAUUAAUCGACCUGGGACGGUGCCCAAUGCCAAGACACUCCGCUGCCCCGUGAUGCUGGUAGUCGGGGAUAACGCACCUGCUGAGGACGGGGUGGUUGAGUGCAAUUCUAAACUGGACCCCACCAUCACGACUUUCCUAAAGAUGGCAGACUCUGGAGGGCUCCCUCAGGUCACACAGCCCGGGAAGCUGACAGAAGCCUUCAAAUACUUCCUGCAAGGCAUGGGCUACAUUGCAUACUUGAAGGACCGAAGGCUGAGUGGAGGAGCAGUGCCCUCGGCCAGCAUGACCCGCCUGGCCCGUUCUCGCACCGCCUCCCUCACCAGUGCCAGCUCGGUGGAUGGCAGCCGCCCGCAACCCUGCACCCAUUCGGAGAGCAGCGAGGGGCUGGGCCAGGUCAACCACACCAUGGAAGUGUCCUGUUGAAGCCCUGGGUCCCACCGAAGACACCCACCUGCCCACCUGCAUCAACCUGCCGUCCCACUGCCAUCCCUUGCACCUGCUCAUUUUCCCUUUAGUUUAUUUUUGUGAGGGUGAAGGGGAGGAAAUGGGGUAACUUUUUUGUUUAAAAAAAAUGAAGGGGUCUAUCUUAGAUGCUGCAGCUGAACAGUCUUCAGAUGGUUUGAGGGACUCACUGCUCCCCACCCCCAACUCAAUCAACUUCACUUGGAAUUAGACCCCUGUCACUCAACCCCCAGUGGCCCAGGCACAGACAGACGGGGCAGGAGUACAGAAAGGAAGGCAAAAAUCUGAGUCCUUCUCUGGCCAGGAUCUAGGAUAGCAUCCUAAAUUCCAGAAAGUAUGUGGGAUGACCCCUUGGGCAGGCAGGUUUGAAGCCAGGAUGGAGUUUUGAGAGGGUAGUGGGUGUUGGCACAACAGGUCCAGCUUGGGCAUGGGCACGAGAGCCAGGGGACAGCUGUUGGGAGCACUGGGGGUCAAGGAGCCCUGGAGAUUUGGAGGCCCCAAACCCUGCACCAAGCACAUCUGUUUUUAUUUUUUAGUACAUGUGACAAUCAUCUGAAUAAUAGCCACAAGGGGGCGUGCCUAGCAGGCAGCUGUUUUCCUGGUGGUCUCUGGGCCAGGCUGGUGCUGUAGGGCGGGGUAGGCAGGGCUUUUAAAGGGAGUUUCUCUGCCCAAGGGAGACAGAAUAUGUAGGACCCUGAGGAACCCCACAGACUGUUCCUUCGACCCUACCACAUCCUGAUCCUGUCCCUGAGGUAGAAGUCUACCAUCUCCACAGUGACCUCACUACGGGCUGAGGGAAAAGGCUGGGAUAACCUUUGUAUUGUCAGUGGCUGGCCAGAGACAGUCAUGGCUGCAGACCCCUUCUUUGUACCAGUCAGCGGGAGGUGGCCUGUGGGAUUUUGAGGGAGACUUCUGGUCAGCCUCGGCUGACCUUUCCCAUAGGCAUCACUGAGGAGGAGCGAAUUCAUCUGGAGAAAAGGGGUGCAGAGUCUCUCAUCUAUCCAUCUCAGUCGGGUGGAGUGGGGUUGAGCUGGGGCUUGUUGUGUUCUAGAAUGAGAGGCUCCCCACACACCCCAGCCCCCUCCUGUCUCUGAAGACCUGGACUGUGCCAGGUGCUUCCCACCCACCCACCUGACCAGGUAGAAUCUCCUGGCUCAGCAGCCAGCACCUGUUUGUCUCAGAGCCUAAAUCAAUUGUCUGAAACCCCAAAAUAGGCAAAAAGAGAGGGGAGACAGCAAUGAAAACCGAAGGGCUGUGGAGAAGGAGGGUAUGUGUGGGCUGUUCCAGGCUGAGGACACCUGCAUGGAUGUGUUUCCUCUGCACACAUCACCUGUCCCCUUCUAUAAUCUGAAGCCAUUACUAGACUGCACUAGAGCCUGGAGAGAGUCUGUUCCUAGUUCUAGUCACUCACGUGCUUCCUUUGACUAUUGAACAUGACUGUUUGACAAGCUGGUAGAAUUAAUCCCUCUUACUGUAGGUGUAGCACUGCGAAUCUUGGACUUUUUUUUUUUUUUAAUUUUGCUGUGUUCUUUCAGAUGAGAUAUCUAUAAAUACCUAUACAGAAUAUAUAUAUAUAUAUAUAUGUAUAUUGGGUCCUCCUGUGUGUGGUUUUCCAUUGGAGGUAGUCUGUCUGCUUUCUCUGGUCAAGUUGAACUUUUAAUGGAGUUUAUUAUCUUCCUCUCUGUACAAAGAGCCUACUUUUGUGUAUUCUGGUGGCUGACAUCAUGAAACUUUGAGAUGACAAAACGUAAAACAGAAAACCCUUGUCAACGUAGAAAGAGUUAACUGUGCUGAAAAACUAAUAAAGACACUAAGAAGAAUAUGAGUGUGGUGAUGCUAUGCCCAGAGAGAAUGUUUAGGUUGGUGUGUCUCGGGUUUAGGUGCAGGUGGGAGGCCAGGGACUGUCCCUGUCUCUGUAGCUCCAGCACUUGUUACAUACGUUAUUUUGCUGGUCCUCAACAUUAAUUCCACAGGACGGAUACUAUCUCGGUUUACAGAUGGGGAAACUGAGCUUCAGGAUAAGGGAUCUGCCGUAAUAAGAGGACACAUUGGGAGCUGAACUCGGCGUUGUUUGACCUCAAAACCUAUAUGUAGCUGUACCGUCUACUUGCUGCCCGGAUUGGUUACAUUUAACAGCAUGUUGCUUAGCUGCCCAUGUUUAACCACCAUGCUUCAUUCAUUCACUUAAUAUUGAGCCCGUUUUAUGCCAGCUAAUAGAGAAACAAUAAAAAUACCCAGUAUGUGCUAUGCGGAGGAUGAAAAACGGGAGGGUGUACUAGCCAGUGCGGGGAACGAGGGUCUAUUCUAGAUCCGAGAAGGCUCCUCGCGCCACCCCGGAGCAUACACACGCAGACUGCUAUAACUGAGCAAACAGGAGGAAAACGGUAGCUAACAAGGGGCCUUCGACGCCCACCUGGGUGCGAUUUCCUCCGGCCAGCGGCCAAGCCCUCGCCUCCCAAUCCAGAAACCGGAUUUUGUUCUAGCAUCUAGACUUCCACCACGCGAGGUCCCAGCUCUCGGAGACUCAUCCGUGUGGAGGGCUAUACGUGGCUCAGAAGG